AUGAUAGAGAGUAAAUUUGUUUUCUUGUAGAGUGCGUUGCAGUGCAUUUACUCUGAAUCCGUGACUACUAACUACUAUUCUGGAUAUUUCCUUUUUCCGGUAUAAUUGCAUCACGGAGUUCCUGAUUAAAUACUAAUAACAUUCAUAAUGCCACGUGAAAUCAAAGAAAUCAAGGACUUCCUUCUGAAGGCAAGGAGGAAAGAUGCUAAAUCGGUGAAAAUUAAAAAGAAUGCAGACAAUGUUAAAUUCAAAGUUCGUUGCUCAAGAUUCCUAUAUACGCUCGUAAUUACAGAUAAAGAAAAAGCAGAGAAAUUAAAACAAUCUUUGCCUCCAGGCUUACAAGUAAAGGAAGUGAAGAGAAGUGAACGUAUGUAAAUGAUUCAAUAAAGUAUCAUUGUGUUCAUAAA